UUCCCGGAGCCCGCCAUUUUUUUUUCUUUCACAUUUUUGUUUUUUGGUGUGUUUAAAAUGAUGUUAAAACGUCUAUAUUUAUAGGAAACUUUCGAAUCUGGUAGAUGUAAUUUUCCUAGGAAUUUGUGACGAAAAUUAGUUAGGUGGCCGAAAAAAAAACGUGUUACAACUAUAAUUUCCUCUCUAAGUACACGUAAUUAUUUCCUCGUAAAGAACACGCUAAUUUUACGUCGAAUUUACGAGGAAAGCGUAUUUCCUCGUAAAAGCCACGUCACUUUACACCGACUUUACGUUUCCUCGUAAAAGCCACGUCACUUUACACGAGGAAAGCGUAUUUCCUCGUAAAAGCCACGUCACCUUACACCGACUUUACGUUUCCUCGUAAAAGCCACGUCACUUUACACUGACUUUACGACGAAACGGUUUCGUCGUUAAUUUACGAGGAAAUAACGCUGAUUUUACUUUUCCACGUAAUUUCCUCGUAAACUCGACGUAAUUUUACGAGGAUUACUUUUUCUCGUUAAUUUUCAUCCAUAAGCUUGUGUUUUCUUGUAGUGUUUUGUGCAAAUCGAAGAUACCGCUUAUUAUCUUAUAAAUUUUAAUUUUAAUUUUAUUUAACAAUUCAUAUUAAUGUAUUAAGGAACAUAAUGUGACAAUAUAUAAGUACAUACAUAAUAUCAUUUGAUUAAUUUCCUUAAUGUAUUCAGUAAUGAAUUUUAAAAGUUUAACUCUAACAAUAGUUUAUUGUUAUUCAAUUAAUAAUUCAAAAUUAUAUUUUAAAAUCUUAUGUUAUUAAAUUUUAUUAUAUUUGUAAAGAAAUUAUUAUAUGGUGUUAUUCAAUUAAGAUUCAAUCCAGUGUUAUUAACUUUUAAAAAUCUUUUUGUCAUAAUCAUUUGAGAAAAAAGAUUAGUAAACUUUCUAUCAGUCCAUGACUAAAUUAUUAAAAAUAAAAGCAAAGAUAUAUUAGAGAGAUUUUAGAAUCCACAAAAAAAAAAUUCUGUAAAUGAUAUCAGAUUUUAUAAUUUUAAUUUUUUAAAUUAUAAAAUUUAUAGAAUAGAAAUUAAAAUCAAUGAUGCAUGGAAUAACGCCCUCUAUAAAUAUUCAAAAACUACAUUUUUGUUGUUUAAAGAAAUGAAAUUUGACUUUCUCUCAGUGAUCAACUAGCUCGCACAUAAGGAAUAGAGUUUUGCUUGUUUUCUCUUAGGUGUAACCGAUUUUCUGUUUUUUAUCCAUGGCUUCAUCGAUCGCUUCCCGGUCGUCGCUGCCUUUUGAGUUGGUAGAAAAUAUACUUUACAAGGUUCCGGUGGAAUCUUUGGUACGAUUCAAGUCCACAUGCAAACAAUGGUGUGCUCUUUUAAAUGACAGUAGAUUCAUCUACAAACACUUGAAACUCUCCCGGGAAGGACUCAUCCGAGUCCAUGAUCAUAAGUUGUAUCAGUAUAUCAAUCUUGAGACCCUAGCCCUUUCAAGUCUACAAGGUCCAUCUAAUAUUUAUUCAAUGAUUCACUGCGAUGGAUUAUUACUAUGUCAAUUUAAAUCUGAUAAUAUAGAUAGAAAUCUCGCAAUUUGGAAUCCGUUUCUGAGCCUAGUCAAAUGGAUCAAACUCUCGAUUUCUUACACAGGGCAUUGGGAUAUCUACGGUUUUGGAUACGACAAUUUAUCCCGUGAGAACUACAAGAUCUUGAGGUUUUGUAAUAAAUUAGGAUAUGAAGAGGCUGAGAUAUAUGAGUUCAAGACUAAACUCUGGAGAAGUGUUGAUUACUCUUGUGCGUAUUCUUGGUAUGCAUGGUAUGACGAAGCUGUGUCUAUGGAUGGAAACAUGUAUUGGUUUGUUAAAAGGGACAAAGAAAAUUCCCAAACUGAAAACUUCAUCCUGUGUUUUGAUUUCUCCAGAGAGAUAUUCAAAGAAACAUGUUGUCUUCCCUUUAUAAAUCGUGAUGAUGUUUGGCUUUUGCCACAUCUAUCAGGUUUCAGAGGAGAUAGGCUUUCUAAGUUAUCUAAAGAUAAAUAUGGGAAGAUUCAGGUGUGGGUUACAAACAAGGUGACUGAUGAAGUUGUUUCAUGGAGCAAGUAUUUUAAUGUAACUCCCCAAAAUCUCUCGAUAUUAUCCCGUGAGUCUAUCAAUAAUACGACAUUCUUCAUCCAUAAGACCAAUAGGAUCAUGUUAUGGUGCAAGGAAGAAGAUGUCAAAAAUAAAGAUAUAUACGUCAACGUUUACGAAAUAUGUGAAGGUGUGGUCGAGAAACUAGUUGAGACAGGACGACAUAGACGUGGUGAUAAGGGUUGCAUUACUAAGAUUGGUUAUAUAUUUGUACCAAGUCUGGUUCCGGUUCCAGAGUAAGAGGAGGCUUCUGAGGGUUGCUCGAUCUCUUUCAAACAUGUUAGCUUAUUAUGUUCUAACGCACUAUGCAUUUCCUUUGGUGUUGCUUUCAAAUACUAAACCUUAAAACAAAUCUGGAAAGAUUGCAUUCUCUGUUUUUUUUUUUAUACUUUAAUUAAAUUAGCAAAAGAAAAGAAAAGGAACUGGAGCCAUGUUUGGUUCUUGUUAAAAUCAUUUGUGACCAUAUGAGGUUAUUUGUGAUCAUACUUAACACACAAGUGACGUAUUUAACACACAAGUGAAGUAUCUACUAAUCUUGAACGGUCCAUAUCUUCGGCAUAUAGUUCUAUACUUAAAACACAAGUGAAGUAUCUAUUUACUCUUGCAUGAUUCAUCUUCAAAAUUACAUUUUGUAUUUUGGUAACUUAAUCUUCUAUGAGUUUUCUGCUUGAAGUUCUUAAAACAAUUCGGUUCACAUAGAUUCUCUGUUUUCUUUUAUAGUAUUUGAUAAUCUCAUGGUUAGAUGAUCUAUGUUACCUGCGCAUCACAGUCUGAGUCGUGCUUACCCUUUGUAAAAAAAGGCCAUUUAUCGCAGAUUACAGGAAAUUCAGGUUUCAAGUCCCGGAGAAGAGCGAUUUAUGCAGACUACAAAAAGAAAAAUUUACAAGGAAGCUUCAACAUGGUGCAAGUAAAUCUAGUCAGGAAUGGAUCUUCGUAGGACGGCUCAGAUGAUGCAGUUAGGCGUAUAUCUUCAUAAGGCAUGUAGUAUUGUCAGUUGUCGAUUGUCUAUGUAAUAUUUCUCAUUAAUGUCAUAAUAAACCAGCGUUAAAAAAAAAAAAAGGCAAGCGCCUCACGCCCCUAAUUUUAGUCAAAAAUUAGGGUCCCAUUUAAAGUUGCUCACAUACAAGCGUAUGAUGUAUAUUUAUGGAGUUUAAUUGAUCAUUUUAGUUUGGAUUAUUUUCUCCUAGAUUUUAAUUAUAAACA